AUGAAGGAGAUGCAGGAUCAAGGCACUAUGAAAUUAAUGUGUGAGCCAGGGCUUGACGAGGAGACCGGUAGAGACUUCAAUGAACAGCAGAAAGAUAUGUGUGAAUUAACACUUAUAGCAUUACAUUUUAAACAUGGAAUUGAAUUAGCACGGAUCCCGGUAGUAAAGGACGGCAUGGAUGACGAGGACAAGGAGAUAGACAACUAUAUGAGAUGUAUUCUAGUAAACAUAUUCAUGAAGAAAAUAAUAGGCAUGAAGUGUCUAGAAGGGCCUGGUGGGCAGUUUGCAUUCAGUUUAGCGCAUGGCAUUCUGCGCAAUUUCGAAAAGAAGAAGGUCGGUAAUAUUUCAUGUGAAGAGCAGGAUGCAAGGGAGGGGGGUGUUAAAGGCGUAACAGCGGAAGACAGAGGUCUGUGGCAAAUAAUGGAAAGAUGGCUCGAAGACAACAGAACAACACUAACGGACGGGAACGUAGGAGUCUUGGGGACAGAUUGUAAGGUGGCACGGACAGGAAGUACGGAGGGCGGGAGGCAGGACAUAACCCAGUUGAAAAAAAAAGUGGAAAAUGCAAUGGACGAUUUUGGGAAGGAUAUGGCCAAGAAGAUACAGACAAUAUUACCGCAUGUAAAAACAUGUGCAACUAAGCAAUGUGUGAAGGGGAUAAUACACGCAGAGCAGAAAAACGAUUCUCUUUCCACAGCUCCCAAAGGUAAAGGAGACGGACAGUCGGGACCAACGCCCGGCAAACCCGCUGCCGCCAAGCCGGCCGCAGCACACACCGCUGCCAAACCAGUAGCGGAGAAACCGGAGAAGGCACCGGGUGCAACGACGACAACGGGACCGGGGGCAACGACGACGACAUCUGUUGGUGGUGGUAGUAGUGGUAGUGGUGGUGGUGGUGGCGGUGCUGCCACAUCAGUGGCGGCGAAACCAGUGGCGGCGAAGCCGGGAUCACAACCGGGACCGGCGAACACGAAGACGGCCGCAGGGGAGAAUUGUGAUUGGAGUAGUAUAUUGGACGAGAAGAGGAAGCAAGUGUACGUGCUGCGUAAUUAUACUCAUAAAGAACUCCAAGACUUGAGGACAGUAUUGCAGGGAUUUGUGCAGUACAUGGACAAGAAGGACCAGUACAUGGAUGCCUUCGGGGCAAAUUGUAAUAAUACAGGUUGGAACGAUAUACACAAGGAAAACGUCUAUUACCAGGAACAAACAGUAGCGGACGUCAUGAGGUGUCGACUUAUGUCAGGCGCACUGUUCUAUGCAAACGGAGGAAACGGGAGUGAGACGAGUGCGCAACAGGGACGUGGUGUUAUGGAUGAAAAAGAGAAGCAGCUGAGGUGUGAGGCAGCGAAUGCAUUGGGGUAUAUACUGGAAAAGAAGUAUUGUCACGGGAGCACAGCGUGGAGGAGAGGUAUAAAGUAUGCCUGGAAAACGGUGAAAGCAAUGGCAGGGCCUGGUGGACUGGGAACCACGGGUCCUGUUAUACAAGAGCAGUGCACAGAAUGUGGUUAUAACAUUGUGAACCCGGUAGUGAGGGUAAUCAAUGGAGAAAUGGCAGACUGGUUGCUGACGCAAGGAAAGAUAAUGGACAAAAUCGGGACCAUGGAAACACAACUGCCGUGUGACCAGGACUGGAAGGUGUAUACACAAGACGCGGGGGCCAAGCAUGACAAGGGCCAGGUGGUGCAAGGCGCGAUAUACCCGGAAAUAACGAAAGCGGAGGAGGAAUUCAGGAAGAAAACGAAGAAAGCAGUGGACGCGGUGAAAAAGCACAUGGAUAAAGAAAUUGCAGAAAAGGAAAAGGAGGAACAAACAGCGACGGAGGCGGCACCGAAGACAGAGGGGUCCGGGGAAGACAAGACAAAGGACAAGGGGAAGGCAACAAAACCUGGGGGAUCUCAGACAACAAAACCGUCAAGCACACCAUCACCAUCAGUUUCAGGUACAGGGAGUACGAGCAACGCGGCAACAACACCAGCACCAACGCAGGCAUCCAAGGACAGUCCAGCAAAUGUGUCCGUCACCUUCAUCCAGGACACUUCUUCGUCCGAGUGUUCAGGAAGUGCAGUAACAGUACCUCAGCCGGCACCCGCACCCGCACCGGCACCAGUACCACCAGCAGGCCCCCCAGCAGCACCACCAACAACAUCCACGCCGAGUGCAUCCGGAGGGGGACCACCUGCUGCUGCGGCACCUGGUGUCGGGGCUAGGGGGAAUGCGGUUCAGACCACUCAGGCGCAUAAUCCUUCAGUUGACAAGACAGGUGAAAAUGGUCCAGUUGGUCCACCAGGUGAAACAGGUGCAUCUAGCCCAGUUCAUCCCGUUGGUCAACCCGGUGCACCAGGUGAAGACGGUAAACCCGAGGGUGGCGGUGGCGGCAACGAUGACCCCCCUCCUCUCAAUCCACCCAAACCCAAACCGAACCCAAAUCCGGAUCAAUCGGGUAGUAGUGGCAGUUUCAGUGACGCUGAUUUGGCGAAUGGAGUUUCUGGUGGGGAAGGCAAAGGCGGAGGUGGGGCUGGUGAAAAGGAUGCUGGACCAGGUGCUGGCGUUGGUGGUGCAACGCGUGGUAGUAGUGAUGGUGGAGGGCCUUCCCUUACCCCUGACACCCCUUCCGUUGCGCCCGGCCUCACAUGGGACGAUGUCAAGCCGUACACGCCCGCGAUCAUUCCCGCGGUGGUUGGUAUGGCGGUCAUUGCGUUCUUCCUAUGGAAGUAUUUUGCGUAUCUCGCCCAACGACGACGAACGUUUCGCACCGUUCGUGACGUGCCGUCACCGCCACUCGACGAAGAAAUUCUAGACCAUUUACAACGCGGCGACCUGCCGCCACCCGAUUACGGGUACACCUUGAUUAGCGAUACGCAAACUGCAUCUGCUGCGGAGCGACGCGGCCAACGCCCCCCACGCGUGAAUCGCCGCACGAUUAUCGAGCUACAUCUAGAAGUGCUCAACGAAUGUGAAGAAGCCGAAUGGGAAAAUGUCAAAGACGACUAUUGGCACAUUGUCGUUGAAGAGUUUAUGGGGGGCACCCAGGGGCAUAGUAGUUUUCCGGCUUCUGGUGCGCACCGGGAUUCAGCAACCGAGCAUUCGACACCCCACCAUGCGACAACCCACCAUUCGACACGCCACACCCGCCUAACGCGGGAUCCCACCGAAACGGAUUCAUGUCCACCUAACAAAGAGGACCCCGAUCCAUGGAGUUGUAUGGAAACUAUACAAUUACAAACGCACCCUUGUCCACCUAACGAAGAUGACCCCGAUCCAUGGCGUUGUAUGGAAAACAUACGGUUAGAAACGGACGCUUGUGCACCUCACGAAGAUGACCACGAUCCAUGGAGUUGUAUGGAAACUAUGCAGUUAGAAACGGAACCUGGUCCACCGAAUGAACAAGACCCUGAUGCAUGGUGUUGUAUGGAACACAUACAGUUACCACCGGACGCUUCUGCAUCUAACGAAGAUAACCCCGAUCCAUGGAGUUGUAUGGAAAACAUACAGUUAGCAACGGACACUUCGCCACCUAACGCACAUGACUCCGAUCCAUGGCGUUGUAUGGAAACCAUACAGUUAGAAACAGACCCGUUUCCACCUAACGAAGAUAACCCAUGGAAUUGUAUGGAAAACACACAGUUCGCCACGCACACUUCUCCACCUACUGCUGAUGACCCUGAUGCAUGGUGUUGCAUGGAAACCAUACAGUUAGCAACGGACCAUUCUGCAUCUAACGAAGAGGACCGAUGGAGUUGUAUGGAAACCAUACAGUUAGAUGCAGAACAGAGUCGUGCUCAUUCCGACCCCGGGGAUGCGACGUCGCACUGCACCCACUGGAUCCCUUGGAUUGACCGCAACAAGCAUCUAUUGCAGGACUGCAUGACGCAGCCGUGGUUUUUGCAGCUAGCGUUGGCAUGGAAACAAUAUCAGCAUCAAUAUGCGGCAGACGAAGAUAACGAGUACCGUGAAUUCGGUGAAGCGGCAACCCUGCAGAUGAAGCAACAUGCCUGGAAAAAGUGGGUCGCACAGCAACAUCGGCAAAUGCGUAUGCAUAAGGCAGAGUGGUUUCAACAUUUGUUGCAUAAUGUAGAGGAGGAAACAGUAUCGCCCAACGGCGCAGUACCUGCCGUCCACAAAGACUUAGAAGUGGACAAAGUAAUGGCAGCAGAAGACAUGCCACAAGUGAGAGAUUUACCCGAGUCCCAACUGCAUCAGCCACCGCAUAUGACAAAACCGUUAACCGCUAAAACAUGGAUGCUCCUCCUCGCGUGCGUUAUAGAACAGUGCGCGGUCGAGAGUAGCAUGCACGAUAGGGAGUUAUAUGUGGAUGCUUUAUUACAGAAUAUGCGACAUUAG